UAAUCUAAUAUUUUUCUCUUUUUUUUGUAAUGGGGAGUUCCUGGAAUAGAAGGCGGAUUCAGUGACGGGUGGAAGAUAUAUAUGUGAUGGAGAUCAAAAUGGACGAGAACGAAUUUCCAGAUUCUGAUGAAGAAUAUGAUUUCGUGACAAAUGAUUUGAGCAAAGCCUCGGGGUCGUCGAAUGAAAUACCUAGAGAACCUGCACCAGUAAAUAAAAAUGGUACUUCAUCAUUGGUGUCAGCAUGCCUUACGGAUGAUGAUUUUCCCACAGAGGAUGAGAUCAAUUCCCUCGAGGAGUCAAUUUCCACCUCGUCAGCCCAAAAAGCUCCCCCAGAGAAGGGAAAGAAACGCACUUUCGAGGAACUGCGAAAGGACGUGGCAGAGCUCCUCGAUGAUGGCUCAACUGCCUCAAACUUUGACUUGGCACCUGAUGAUUUUCACGAUUUCGAGAGACAUGAUAAGAGACCUCGUUGGAAUCAGCCGGAGGAAGUGAUAGCGACAAUUCUCGAAGAGCUGCGGAGGAAACGAUUGAUGCGCGCGGGAAAGGACCCAGAGGUGACACGAAUCUCCCAGAGAUUGACUCCCAGGGAGACGGUGUCCCUCAAGAUUCCAUCCUGGAAUUUCGUGGCACUGACGAGACCCGCGGACUCUCAGAGAGUUUACGUUAGACUUCGGCCGAAGGAGUCAGUGAAAAUCGUGGGGAUUGCGUCAACAUCAGGUCUUCUCACAGUUAAUUACGAGAAAUUGAAGGAGGAGGCAGAGAAAAUACUCAUUGAGAAAGCGAAGAGGGAGAGCCUGUCUGUCCCUGAGGUCCAGGAAGAAGCAACAUCGGUAGCUGAUGAACUCUGGGUGGACAAAUAUCGUCCCAAGUCAUACAGGGAGCUAUUAUCAGAUGAGACUGUUAAUCGCAACUUUUUACGCUGGAUUAAACUCUGGGACAAAAUUGUCUUUGGGCGUGAACCCUUGAAGAAACAUGGGCUUAAGAAGCACGUGGAGAAAUCUGGGUGGAAGAAGUUUGGGAAGAAGGAGGAGGUGGAGCUGGUGGACAAGAGGGGAUUCCCUGUGCACAAGAUCGCGAUGCUAGCUGGUCCUCCUGGAUUGGGAAAAACUACUCUGGCUCAUCUAGUGGCAAGACAUGCUGGGUACAAUGUUGUGGAGAUUAAUGCCAGUGAUGAGAGAACUCCAGAGGCUUUCAGACAGGCACUGAUGUCCUCAACCCAGAUGAGAUCCGUGAUGGGAGCAGACCCCAGGCCCAACUGUCUAGUCCUCGACGAAAUUGAUGGUGCCCCAGUAGCUUCUGUCGAACUCCUCUUGAAAUUUGUUCAAGGGAAAUUAACAGGUAAAGGUAAAAAAUCGAAAGAACUCUCUGCAAAGGAUAAUGAGUAUUGCAAGAGGCCUGUCAUUUGCAUUUGUAAUGAGGCAUACACCCCGUCAUUAAGAUCUCUCCGACAAAUGGCGUACAUAAUAAAUGUCCCGAAGGUCUCUCCAGCGAACCUGGCAGAUCGUCUAGCCACGAUAGCCCGUCGUGAACACCUGAAUAUUGAUCUGGGCACCUUAAUCCAAUUGGCAGAGAAAUCUGGUUGUGACAUUCGAGCCUGUCUGGGUGCCCUUCAGUACCUGGGGACAGACUGCGGCAAAUCCAGUCACAGUCUGGCUGACAAAGACAUGAAGAAAACCAUCUUCGAGGCGUGGAGAGAAAUUCUCAAGAUUCCUAUGGUCAGGACUGGCCCUCUGACCCCUAGGGAACGAGCCCAGAGGAUCCUGCAAGUAUCCUACGGUGAGAACACUGAGAGAUUGACCCAGGGGGUCUUCGAGAACUAUCCCCCGAACUGUCACGAGAAGAUGACUAAAGUAGCGACGUCGUUGGAAUGGUUUGAGCUGUACGACAGAAUCACAACAGUCAUCAAUACAAAACAGGACUGGACAGUGGCUCCAUACACUGGCUAUUGCUUUGUCAAUUGGCACUUUGGCUUCGCUGGAACAGUUAAUCCUAAGUUGUCGUAUCCCCAUGCAGCAACAGACGUCUGGCAGAAGACCACGAAGACCAUGGGAAUAUUGGCAGUCGCCAGAAAGUCUCGAGGGCAAGACACUACGACCAUUAUCCUGGAUAUCGCGCCUUCUCUGUUUGAGAUUUUGAAUCCAAAGCUGAGAUCAGUGGCCAGCAAUCUCUACUCAACUAAAGAGAAAAUCGAACUUGAGAGACUGAUUGAUGUCAUGCUUAAUCUGGGGAUCUCCUUCGUCCAGGAGAAGAGUGAGGAUGGAGCUGUGGAUUACAAGAUUGAGCCUGAUUUGUUCGAGGUGGGAAUUUUCCCCGAAUGCAAGACCCGGAGGGGAUUGUCGUAUGCUGUUAAACAGAUUGUUGCUCAGGAGCUUGAGGUGGAGAGGCUCAAAAGAGCUACUCUUGCCCGGGGUGCCUCCAGCAAUCCUGAAGGGUCCAAAACUCCUCAGGGAGUGAAUGAAACACCUGAGAUCAUACCGUCAGUUAAUGCAUUCAGACCGAACCAUAUCAGUGAAAUGGAGAGGAUUGUUACUCCCAAAACAACGAAAUUCCGAAACUUUUUUGAGGGAUUCAAGAAACCUGUCGUUGAUACUAAUCCCGAAACUUCGCCGAAGGCGGAGAAACCUGGAAAAAAGUACAGGAAUUUAGUCGCCAAGUAUGGAGUUUGGUACAAGUAUAAAGAAGGAUUCAGUAAUUCAAUUCGAAGGAAUGUGUCCCUAGAAGACAUUUUGUAAAAAUAUUGUAAUGAUUAUUAAUUUUUUUAUGACUCUAGUUCAGUGAUUGUAUCCGAUUAUUUAUACAGAUAGUUUUGUAAAAAAAUGUAUUAGGAAGAUGUAUGUAGAGAGAGACGAUAAUUUUGUAUAAUAAAUUUGUGACAAUAAAAAAUUUUAGGAAUGAA